AUGGGCCCGGAGCCGGAUGCCUCCACCCCGCCACGACCCGAAGCUGCCCCCCAGGAGGAGGCCACCAAAGCCGCUGCUGCUAUGGAGGCAGCGGCCGCAGCUUCAGACGACGAGGCCGGGCCCUCACCAGCCGAGCCAGCGGCUGAGGGGGCCGCUGCCACGGCGGAGGCUGCAGCGCCGGAGGCAGCAGAGGUGGCGGCACUGGAGGUAGCGGAAGAGGCGGAGGGGGCGGCACCAGGGGUCGCCAAAGUUGCCAGCAGCGCCUCCCCACCGGCAGAGGAGGUGGAACCGGAGGUGGUGCUGGGAAGGCGCCUCCUCCCAAGCACGGCGGAGAUCCCUCUUCCCCGGCUCAUAGCCAAAUGCCACCAAGCUCAGCAGGAGCUAGAGGCCGGCAUGCGCCGGGAGUGGGAGAAGCUGGAGGCAGAACGCCACCGACUCUCCGACUGGGAGGUCCGUCUGGGUGACCGCAUCAACUCCGUCUCUGCCCGCUACACCGAGGAGCGCGCCAAGCUCGUGCAGGGGCGCGAGCUUCUGCAGGAGGAGCUGGAGCAAGCUCGCAUCCGGGAGGCGGCGGCGCUCCAACGGGAGAAAGAGGCCAGGCGGCGGGAAGCAGAGGCCCUCGAGGGGCUGAUCGCUGUGGAGGAGAUGAAGCAGGCGGUGGCAGACAGGGAUCGGGUCGCCCGGGAGCUAGCGGCCCAGGCCAGGAAGGCAUCGGCAGCGGUCGAGGCAGAGAAGUCCGCCCUCGCAGAUUUGGCGGCGGCGGCAGCAAAGAAGGAAGAAUGGCUGGCGGCCCGCGAAGCAAAGGAGGUGGCCCAGCUUCAGGAGCUCCAGAAGCGGGAAGAGGCUGUGGAGGAGGAGCUGGGGACGUACAUGCACCUCAAAAACUCUUGGGACCUCAAGAGCUGCAAACAGGAGCCUGGCGAGUCCCUGCGGGACUACAUCCGCCGGUUCUCCAAGCAAUGCAAUUCUCUCCCUGAUGUCGUCGACACUAACAUUGUUAGUGCGUUUCUCUCUAGGGCCACUUGCAAGUCCCUCGUUCACAAGCUUGGCUCCUGGAAGCCGCGCACCACCCGCGAGCUCCUGGACAUCGCCACGAACCACGCAUCCAGCGAGGAGGUGGCCGUGGCGGUCUUCACCGAUGGUCGGGCAAAGGGCAAGGCCAAGCGGGAGGACCAGGAUGACAGCCCCUCCUCAAGGCAAGAGAAAAGGAAGAAGGACGACCGACAUCGCCUCAACGCACCAACGGAUAGGUCGAAAGAGCAAACAGCAUGGUCCUCUAGGGACUCAAGUCUUGCAUCUUCGACCAGCUCAAAAAGUUCGCUUGGCGCUGGGUCGGGGAACUCCCAGCUGUUCUCUAAGGCUUGA